GAGCGAGAGAGAGAGAGAGAGAGUGCAGCAGGGAAGGCACUGAGGGAGGGGAGGGAGGCAGGGAAGAAGUCUAGUCUUUUCACCUGAAGAUUACUUUGUCUCACACUUCACUCACCCUGAGCGCUGAAAGGAGCAGCGAGGAGGAGGAGGAAGGAGCCGAGUUAAGCAGGAGGUGCCACAUCUUUCUCUUUUUGGUCUUUUUUUUUUUUUUAUUAUUAUUAUUCUUGCUUCUGCAUGAGGUUGUGUGCUGGACUUUGCUGCUGAUCUGAAACAGAAAAGGACAGAAAAAGUGCGAAAAUUGCACUGGCUGCAAAGGAAAAUCUACUUCAAAAAAAAAGGACACCAAACAGAAACCAGAAAGACUCUGAGAAAAGCAGCAAACUCCAGACGAAGGAGAGGGAAAAAGCUUUUCCAAAUACUCCUCUGUGCUUCACAAUGGGAGCUCGAUUGCAUGUUCCAGGAGUUGCCAGGACCUCGCUCCCCGUGGUCCUUGUCAUUUUGACCCUUCUGCCUCACAGCCUUCUGGGUAAGCCUGCAGAGGAGGAAAACACAGAGAGUUCAGUACUGCACCAGAGGGUGAAGCGAGGCUGGGUGUGGAAUCAGUUCUUUGUCCUGGAGGAGUACACUGGACUGGAACCACUUUAUAUUGGAAAGCUUCACUCAGACAUGGAUAAAGGCGACGGCUCCAUCAGAUACAUCCUCACAGGUGAAGGUGCAGGCACCACCUUUACCAUCGAUGACAGCACUGGGGACAUCCACGCCAUCCAGAGGCUGGACCGGGAGGUAAAGUCCCAGUACGUCCUCCGCGCUCAGGCCCGAAACCGCCUGACAGACCGGCCUCUGGAGCCCGAAUCCGAAUUCAUCGUCAAGAUCCAAGACAUCAACGACAAUGAGCCAAGGUUUCUGGACGGGCCCUACCAGGCGGCUGUUCCUGAAAUGUCCAAAAUAGGUACAUCUGUGAUCCAGCUUACAGCUACCGACGCCGACGACCCCACGUAUGGCAACAGCGCUCGAGUGGUCUACAGCAUCCUGGAGGGUCAGCCUUACUUCUCAGUGGACGCCAAGACCGGCGUGGUCCGUGUGUCCCUGGCAGACAUGGACAGGGAGACCAGAGAAAACUACACCGUGGUCAUCCAGGCCAAGGACAUGGGCGGCCAGCUGGGGGGGCUGGCGGGCACCACGACCAUCAACAUCACGCUCAGUGAUGUCAACGACAACCCGCCCAUGUUUGACCAGAGGCUGUACCAGAUGAGCGUCCCAGAGACGGCCCCUGUUGGCUCUGUGGUGGGACGCAUCUGGGCCAAAGACAGGGACAUCGGGGUCAACGCCGAGAUGACGUACAGCAUCGUCGAUGGAGAUGGAAGAGACACAUUUGACAUCACGACCGACCCCACCAACCUGUUUGGCAUCAUCAUAGUGAAGAAGCCGCUGAACUUUGAGAAAAAGCCCAGCUACACUCUGAAAGUGGAGGGCGCCAAUACCCACGUGGACCCCGUCUUCUUCAAGCGGGGGCCCUUUAAGGAUGUUACCAUCGUGCAUGUGAGCGUGGAGGACGUGGACGAGCCCCCCGUGUUCGACUUGCCAGCGUACUACAUCGAAAUGCCAGAGGACGCUGAGAUUGGGACGGUGGUGAAAACGGUGUCAGCCAGGGAUCCUGACGCUGCCAACAACACUGUGAGGUAUUCUAUCGAGAGGUCCUGCGAUCCCGAGAAGUACUUCUACAUCGACAUCACUUCCGGCUCGCUGAUGACGGUGCGAUCACUGGACCGAGAGGAGAUCAGCUGGCACAACAUCACUAUCCUCGCCAUGGAAAUGAAUAACCCCACACAGAUCGGCAGCGUGUCAGUGGCCCUGAAGGUCCUGGACGUCAACGAUAAUCCUCCAUCGCUGACGCACUACUUGGAGGCUUAUGUCUGUGAAAACGCCAAAGCAGGACAGCGCAUUCAGACCAUAACGGCAGUGGAUCCAGAUGAGCCGCCAGGUGGGCAGCACUUCUACUACAGAUUGGCUCCAGAGGCUGUAAACAACCCUAACUUCACCCUGAGGGACAACCAAGACAACACAGCGUGGAUCCUGACACGGCGCGGAGGCUGGUCGCAGCAGGAACAGACCAUCUUCUACUUGCCCAUUAUCAUCUCUGACGGUGAGCAGCCGGUCCAGACCAGCACCAGUACGCUGACCAUCCGGGUCUGCAGCUGUGAUCAUGAAGGCAACGUCAUGUCCUGCAACGCCGAGGCCUACAGUCUGCCCGCCAGCCUCAGCAGAGGAGCCCUCAUCGCCAUCCUGGCCUGUAUUUUUGUCCUGCUGGCAGUGAUGAUUCUACUCAUGCUUUCCCUGCGGACUCAUCGUAAGAAGCCUUAUCUCUGUGAUGAAGAAGAGAACGUCCAUGAGAACAUUGUGCGCUAUGAUGAUGAAGGCGGUGGCGAGGAGGACACUGAAGCCUUUGACAUCGCCGCUAUGUGGAACCCACGUGAAGUGCACCACCAUCUGGGCAAAAUGAGGCAGGACAUGCUGCCAGAGAUCGAGAGCCUGUCGCGUUAUGUCCCUCAGGCCUGCGUCGUGGGUGGCGGCGGGGACAGUAACGUACACGGAUACGUCCUGGCAAAGCUGUUAGAGGCUGACAUGGACCCGUGUGCCCCGCCUUACGACUCCCUCCAGACCUACGCCUACGAAGGGGAGGGGUCAGUCGCAGAGUCGCUCAGCUCGCUCCAGUCGGGAACGUCCAACAACGACCACGAGUACGAUUAUCUCAAUGACUGGGGACCUCGGUUUAAAAAGCUCGCCGAGAUGUACGGCGUGCUGGAGACAAACAGUCCUCCCAUGUGGUAGGACGGCAGAACGUUUGCCUUUUUAAUUGGAGAAAAUUACCAACAAAAACCGAAAAAAGAUAAAUACAGAGUAGAGAACUGGUGAAAGACAAAAAAGAGGGCAGAGAAGACACAAAAAGCAAGGGUGUGCUCACAUCCAUGACACUUGAAUUCCUGCCCGAGCCUCACUUCUCCACAGCCUUUAAGGCCUGACGUGCCCACAGCAGUGUGAGCUGGUUUUAAACCCCACCCCACCCCCCCACCCUCAGAGACAGGGCUUCAGAGACAGGCUGGAUUGGCAGCCUCACGAGGCCCUGCAAAGGAAUGGCUUCAAAGCACACGUUAACUCCCCUGCCUGACCCAGCCACAGGCAGAGCCCCUUUGGUUCAAAGCAAUGAGCGAUUUAUGCCAGAGAUGAAAACCAGGCACAGACUACGGGGCUCACCACAACACAGUAGACAAACUCUGAUCCACUGCUCGAGCCGCCACACUGAGAGAGAAAAUGAAAGUGGGGCGUCAUUGCUGCGAUUGGAGACAUGCUCCUUUUUGUUUCAUCUGUGGCAGGUCUUAUUUAUUUCUUUGUUUCAUGUGCUGUAUUUAUAUUUUUGCUAACUUAUUUGGGUACUUCAAACCAACACUGUACUUAAACUGCCGCUGUGUGAGGAAAUUUAAAAAUCACAUACAGUAUAUGUUGUAACAUACAUGAUGUAACUGCCCAUGUUUUCAGUGUGUCUGAGAAAAGUGUCUCUAAAUGUCCGUUUGUGACAUCCACAGGACAUGGUACGCUGUAAUCCCAUGUGGGUUUUCCAGGUUGACAUGUUAAAUGUAUUCUUGUUUUUGUAUCAUUUUUGAAUGCUUUGUAUUGUAGCUCUGUUUUUCCCGAGAACAUAAACCAGUUUCGGAUUCAUGCAGAAACGAGGGGAGACUUUUUUUAAAAAAAAAAUGUUGAACAGGAUGUAUCCCAGCAGUUGGUCAAAUCUUACACGGACAAGAACAUGACGGAGUCGCCUUUCAUUUCAGAUCCACCACCGUGCCAACCAGAGUCCAACGGCUAUGAGGUUUGAUCUGUCCUGUUAGAGAUACUGUGUUGCUUUUUUGCCGCUACACAAAUGUGACUUAAUCCUCCUAUUCUGUGGACUACAGAGACAUUUAUAAUCUGAAUUAAGUGCCAAAUGUACAAAGGAAGAGGAUGGAACAAAAACAGCGAAACAACACCAAAAGACAAAAAAACAAAAACAAAUGGAUUUUACAAACUGGGAGCGAAGUGAUGAGACAUUUUGAUAAUUCAAUUGGAAGGAGUUUACUUGAAAUCCAUGUGGUCAAUCAUGCUACAGUAAGUGGUAUGUGAAUGUAGAUAUUUUUUGUAUUCUUGGUAAUAAAAA